AUGAACGUUUAUUUGCGGUUGCGGCCGGACAGCGAGGGCAGCGCCCUCGACAUUUCGGAAACCUCCGUCACUUUCAGAUCGCAUGCCAGUGUGGGGGGAAGCCACGGCGUGGACCCUCACGAGCGCACGUUCUCCCUAGACAAGGUGUUCCCGCCGUCCGCCUCGCAAGCGGAUGUUACUGCCGUGCUUCUGGGGCCCAUCGUGGAUAACCUGGCUCACGGAGUCAACGUACAGAUGGCCUCCCUCGGUGACUCGCAGACGGGGAAAACCCAUACGAUGCUGGGGCAGCAGGGUGUUAGCCAGGGACUGCUGCAACGAAUACUGACAAAAGUAUUCCAAUUGAUGAACGAAAACGAGGGGGUCACAGUACAGUACUCGCUCUCCGCCGUGGAGCUGGUCAAUGACAAAGUUUACGACUUACUCAAUAAAAGAUCGCCUUUAGGACAAAACAAGAACCAUCUGAAGGGGUUUAAAGCAGUACCGCUGACUACCUUGGCUCAAGCGUUACAGUACAUCAGGGACACGCUGUGUACUAACAUCAACGGACACAUUUCCGUAAAGUUCAACAUUCGACAGAUCAACCUGGCCAGGAGCACAAUAACAGAAAGUUCUUUGAUCCUCACAGACACAAAGGGUUCCCAGUACAAAAGGGACUUGCAAGAUUUUGAGAAAUUACUACAAGGGAAUAGCGAACCACACUCUGCACUGAUGAAACUGUUAUACAAACCGAUGUUCGGGAACUAUACAAGAUUUAUAGUAAUGCACGACUCUUUCCUGCCCGUGAACCAAGCACAAACACUAAACACUUUGAAGUUCAGCGCGCAUUGUACUGGUUUCCAACCGAGGAUCAUUGUUCAUUCCAACGUCUACCCAAUAGAUGUCCAGAGAGAGUACGACCUGUUCAAGGAAACCAGUGAUAUCAAGAACAAAAACAUGCGAUUGCAGUUGGACUACGCCACUAAAUGCCUAGAGCACGAGCCAUCUACCAAGUUUGAUGAGACUGACGUCAAGAACCUUGCUAACGAAAAUUUAUCAUUGACUAUGAAAGUGGAAACGUAUCUAACUGAACUUGGCGAGUUCAACACUGUUCUCAACAGUUUAUUGAACAAAAUUGAAUUGCACAGCUCGUUAAGGGGUCAACAUAAUGACAAAAACAAAAAGAAAAAAGAGAAAUUGGUCUCACGUAGCGAUAUGCUUACUCGCAAGUGCCAAAAGACGGAACAAACAGGCUCCGAACUCAUGGAAUACAUAAACAAAAAGGACGUCGAGCUCCAAAGGUUAUUAACCGAUAACAACAACCUGAAGCAAAAUGUUCAUUCAAUAAAGGACACAUACGGGGAACAGCAGGAACGAAUAGAGCAUUUGGAAAACUCUAUUUCGUUUUCCUCAUCGCAUAUCAGCAGGUUCUCUGUGUCGUCGUUUGCCACAUCAAUCAACUCUGCUGCAUCCAACUCUACGGGAUCCACAAACAGAACAUUCGCGACUUCUAAUAAGUCCCCAGGGAGGAAAAAAUCUCAAGAUACUACGAAUGCAGGCGGAUUCAAUUUACAAAUACUGAAAUCUAAAUAG